AUGGAUAUGAAGACAUACCUUGAUACUCAAAAGGAAGCAAAGACCGUGUCGGAAGCCCCUACUGUCUUCAAUGCCAAUGUUCACGACGAUGACGAGCAGCCGAAUGAUGGAGACAAGUCCGAACUGACGAGCGAAAUGAUGUCUCAACCGUCUUCACGUGAAAUGGACGAGAACGUUCAAUUGAGCAAUUGCAACGACGAUUGUCACUCGGAACCAAACUUUUCGUUCAUUUCGAAUCCAUCCAAGGGAGACAAAAGAGAUGCAAGUAUGAUGCGUUCCAAGUCACAUUGUUAA